CCAGUUUAGUUUCGCACGAAACUUCGGUCGGUAUGGAUUUGUAAUAGAACCCCGUUUGCUGGAUGGAUAUCUAGAAGUUCAGUUUCAGUACUCUUUUUCUGGAGAGGUCAAAUUUUGAACACAGAAAACAGGAUAAUAAAGUGAAUAAUUCUAAAUUUGUGAAUUGCUUUCACGAUCUACGGUAGUGAUUUUCUCAGAGGAAUCUACUUAAAGUAUAAAUUUUGGUUAUAAAGUAAAAGCGUCCGCCUAGGCCAAAAGGGCCUCUCGCCGUCAUGUCGUCCGUGAAGGUGGCGGUCCGAGUGCGACCCUUCAACUCCCGUGAAAUCGGACGUGAGUCCAAAUGUAUUAUUGAGAUGAGCGGCAAUACGACAUGUAUUACAAAUCCAAAGGUGCCGCCGGGCACGAGUGAAUCGGUGAAGCGGUUCAACUACGAUUACUCGUACUGGUCACAUGAUCCUCGGGAUGCGGAAUUUUCCACCCAGGAAAUGGUCUACUCAGACAUUGGAGAGGAAAUGCUGCAACAUUCGUUCGAUGGAUACAACGUGUGUAUAUUUGCAUAUGGGCAGACUGGUGCUGGCAAGUCUUACACAAUGAUGGGCAAACAGGAAGAAAGUCAAGAGGGUGUUAUCCCGAUGAUAUGUAAAGAUCUUUUCCGCCGAAUACAGGAAACCGAGACGGAUGAUUUAAAAUACUCUGUCGAAGUGUCCUACAUGGAAAUCUAUUGUGAACGGGUUAGGGAUUUGUUGAAUCCCAAGAACAAAGGAAAUCUUAAAGUGCGAGAACAUCCGCUUCUCGGACCUUAUGUGGAAGAUUUGUCGAAAUUAGCCGUGACCAAUUAUCAGGACAUACACGAUCUUAUCGACGAGGGCAACAAGGCUAGAACUGUUGCCGCUACCAACAUGAAUGAAACGAGCUCACGCUCCCAUGCUGUGUUUACAAUAUUCUUUACACAACGACGUGUCGAUAAAAUGACCAGUUUGGAGACGGAGAAGGUUUCCAAAAUAAGCCUGGUCGAUUUGGCCGGCUCCGAACGGGCGGAUUCAACCGGGGCCAAGGGCACGCGACUGAAAGAAGGCGCCAACAUCAACAAGAGUCUGACCACGCUCGGCAAGGUUAUUUCCGCAUUAGCCGAAAUGGCGUCUAAAAGCAAAAAAUCCAAAAAGGCCGACUUCAUACCGUAUCGUGACUCCGUGUUGACAUGGUUGUUGCGCGAGAAUCUCGGUGGAAAUUCCAAAACGGCUAUGAUAGCCGCGAUAUCGCCGGCCGAUAUCAACUAUGACGAAACGUUGAGCACCCUGAGAUAUGCUGACCGUGCCAAACAGAUUGUCUGCAAAGCCGUCGUCAACGAGGAUGCCAACGCAAAACUUAUUCGCGAGCUCAAGGAGGAGAUUCAGAAACUUCGCGAACUGCUCAAGGCAGAGGGAAUCGAGGUGCAAGAAGGACCGGACGGUAAAGUGGUUUGUGAAAAGCGAGAUGCUAAUAAGGACGAGUGCAUCAAAAUGGAAAAGGGCGAUGGUGGUGGAGGAGGUUGCGGUGGCGUCGAUGGCGCAAACACCGACGGUGAGAUCGGUGAAAUGGAGAAAAAGAUUUGCUCCCCCAACCGGCUGCGCAAACGUACCGGUUCCAGCACCGAGAUGGCGGUCGAUCAGCUGCAGGCCAGCGAGAAACUAAUUGCCGAGCUGAACGAAACGUGGGAGGAAAAAUUGAAGCGCACCGAACAGAUUCGCGUCCAACGGGAGGCUGUUUUUGCGGAAAUGGGUGUUGCCGUCAAGGAGGACGGUAUCACCGUAGGCGUUUUCUCGCCGAAGAAGUCGCCCCAUCUGGUGAACUUGAAUGAGGAUCCAACAUUGUCGGAGUGCUUGCUGUACUACAUAAAGGAUGGUCUAACUCGCCUCGGAACAUCGGAAGCAAAUGUUCCUCAGGAUAUUCAGCUGUCGGGUUCUCAUAUAUUAAAAGAGCACUGUGUAUUUGAGAACAAGGAUGCGGUUGUCACUUUGGUUCCUCAUAAGGACGCACUGGUUUAUCUCAAUGGUAGAAAACUAACGGAACCGGAGGUUCUUCAAACCGGAUCGCGCGUUAUUCUGGGUCGGAAUCAUGUGUUCCGUUUUACUCAUCCGGAACAGGCACGCGAGAAACGGGAAAAGACGAAAGAUAAAGAUAUUUGUGAAACACCGGGCUCCAACGGUGAGGUGGCUGAUUGGAACUUUGCCCAGUGUGAAUUAUUGGAAAAGCAGGGUAUUGAUUUGAAAGUUGAAAUGGAAAAACGUUUAUGUGCACUGGAGGAACAAUACAAACGGGAGAAACUGGCAGCCGACCAGGAAUUUGCGGAACAACGCAAGACAUAUGAAGCUCGCAUUGAUGCACUACAGAAGCAGGUCGAAGAACAAUCGAUGACUAUGUCGAUGUAUAGCAGUUAUAGCCCAGAAGAUUUCCACCAAGAGGAAGACAUCUUUGUUAACCCAUUAUUCGAGUCAUGCUGGACAGCACGAGAGGCCGGUUUGGCUGCAUGGGCAUUCCGAAAGUGGAGAUUCCACCAAUUCACUUCGCUCCGCGAUGACCUAUGGGGAAAUGCUAUAUUCCUAAAAGAAGCAAAUGCUAUAUCGGUGGAAUUAAAGAAAAAGGUACAGUUCCAAUUCACUCUGCUAACCGACACGUUGUACUCGCCGCUUCCCCCGGAACUUACACCAUCACCGCUUAUUGGUGGUGCUCUUACCAACGGCCAAGAUGAUGAAUUCGACCAUGGUCCUACUCCUCGCACAAUUGUUGCGGUCGAAGUGACCGACACUAAGAAUGGAGCCACACAUCAUUGGAGCUUGGAAAAAUUACGACAACGCUUGGAACUGAUGCGCGAAAUGUAUCACAACGAAGCCGAGCUAAGUCCAACUUCUCCGGAUUACAACGUCGAGAGCUUGACCGGUGGUGAUCCAUUCUACGAUCGCUUCCCGUGGUUCCGCAUGGUCGGAAGAUCUUUCGUCUACUUGAGUAACCUACUGUAUCCGGUUCCACUUGUGCACAAGGUAGCAAUCGUCAACGAGCGGGGUGACGUUCGCGGUUAUCUUCGUGUUGCCGUUCAACCGGUAAUGGACGAAGAGAAUGCCGAUUUUAGCAACGGUGUCAAACAAUCCGCUCGUAUUCUAUUCGAUGAGGAACAGAACGGCCAGCACAAGAUACCCAAGAUACGUACGAUUCACGAUAAGGACGAAAAGUACAUGGAAGGUGCUAAUGACAUCAUGAAACUGGAGGAAUUGGAACAGGAAGAUGCUGAUUCGGGUCGUGGGGACUCGAGUGUCGCCUCGGAACUGCACGACUCGAACGAACAUGAACCCGGUGAGCAUUUACAGCCGGGUAAGGAAUUCACGUUCCGUGUUACGGUUUUACAAGCGACGGGAAUUGCGGCUGAAUAUGCGGAUAUUUUCUGUCAGUUCAACUUUUUACAUCGCCAUGAAGAGGCUUUCUCGACGGAACCGGUCAAAAACUCUGGCUCAGGAGCACCACUUGGAUUCUAUCACGUUCAGAAUAUCACAGUACCGGUUACAAAAUCAUUCAUAGAAUACUUGAAAACACAGCCGAUAGUGUUUAAGGUUUUCGGUCACUAUCAACACCAUCCGCUGCACAAGGACGCCAAACAGGAUUGCCAGAUUACACGACCGCCGCCCCGACGCAUGCUGCCACCGAGUAUUCCGAUCAGUCAACCGGUUCGCAGUCCCAAGUUCGGCCCGUUGCCAUGUCCUCCUUCGUCUACAGUAUUAGCCAAGCAUGACGUGUUGGUUUGGUUUGAGAUAUGCGAACUGGCUCCUAACGGUGAAUACGUACCAGCCGUCGUCGAUCAUAGCGACGAUCUUCCGUGCCGUGGUUUAUUCCUUCUUCACCAAGGCAUACAGCGCCGAAUUAGGAUAACCAUUGUACACGAACCAACACCCGAAGUCAAGUGGAAGGACAUUCGCGAGCUAGUGGUUGGUCGAAUUCGUAAUCAACCGGAACCGGCAGAUGAGCUGGACGAUUCGGACUCGUGUGUUCUGUCGUUGGGAUUGUUCCCAGGCGAAGUAUUGGAAGUACCUGGAGACGAUAGAUCCUUCUUCCGUUUCGAAGCUGCCUGGGAUUCAAGCUUACAUAAUUCGGCGUUGCUCAAUCGUGUCACACAAACUGGCGAACAGAUCUUUAUCACGCUCAGUGCAUAUCUAGAGCUCGACAACUGUGCUCGUCCGGCCAUUAUCACGAAGGAUUUGAGCAUGAUCAUCUACGGACGGGACGCACGGACUGGACCACGUUCGCUCAAGCACCUAUUCUCAGGCCAAUACCGCAAUCCGGAGGCAAACAGAUUGUCCGGGGUGUACGAAUUGUCGCUGAGGAGAGCUUCCGAAGCAGGUAGUCCAGGCGUCCAGAGACGUCAGCGUCGCGUAUUGGAUACCAGCUCGACAUACGUUCGCGGUGAAGAAAACUUGCAUGGCUGGCGUCCGCGUGGUGAUUCGCUGAUCUUUGACCACCAGUGGGAACUGGAGAAGUUGACCCGACUCGAGGAAGUUGGCCGCGUUAGACACCUGCUAAUGCUGCGCGAACGUCUCGGCAUGGACACCACACCAAACCCGACCACCAAAACCGAGAAGGACGUAUGCAAUUUGGCUCAAAGAGCGAGUGCCUCUCCGGUACACAUGGUCAUACCACAUUCUCCACAGACACCGGUAAAGGAUCAGCAGACGCCUACGAUGCCCGAACGGGAGUUGACUCCGCGCGAAACGGAACUGGUUUGGAAGUGCGUAAAAUUGAUUCAGGGUCGUAUAGGCAGCAAGGUUGAUUCAUGUGAAGCAAACAACCAACUCACAGUAGAUGCUUCACCCGGCGACGAAGGUUGUGCGGAUAUGAACGCCAGUUACAUAUCGGGUAAUUCCAUUGAGCUCUGUUCACCGGAUCGAGUGGAAAUACCGAACGGCUGGGAGGCACCAGCUCCUGCUCCACAGACACAGGAAAUGCCACUGCGGUUGUAUGUACCCGAACUUGAGGAGAUUCGUGUGAGUCCUGUCGUAGCUCGGAAAGGAUAUCUAAACGUACUUGAGCAUGGUGGUUCGGGUUGGAAAAAACGCUGGGUCACCGUACGCCGCCCCUAUGUAUUUAUCUUCCGUUCGGAUAAGGAUCCAGUUGAACGCGCGGUGCUGAACUUGGCUACCGCACAAGUGGAAUGCAGCGAAGAUCAGGCGGCAAUGGUGAAAGUACCCAACACUUUCAGCGUUGUAACAAAACACCGAGGAUAUCUUUUGCAAACUCUGGGUGACAAGGAAGUGCACGAUUGGCUCUACGCCAUUAAUCCGCUUUUGGCUGGUCAAAUAAGAUCUCGACUGGCGCGACGAAAUAUGAACGGUAGCAGUAGUGGGGGCGAUUCCUCGGCAUCGGUUCUAAUGAUGUCACAGAACCAGACGAACAGCUCGGGCAGCUCGGCCAAAUGAGAUACGAUAACGAUGGAGUCCGUGUUGGUGUACUAGAUAAAUAAUCUCAUUUCCAUCUAGAGAAACUGCAAGUGCGAUGACGUCAACGACAAACGACGAUGGGCAAUAGCCAAAGGAAGCAGCUCGAAGGUGCUUCUUUUCGAUUUGGUUCAAGAUCUCGUUUGGUUCUGCUCCAGACACGAUUGGUUUCUUUUCCUGUUUGUUUUCCAGUUGCUAUACGAACGAAAAGGCUGCUUCAGAGAAGCGCAAAUUGUAGGUAAACUUUUUGAACACACGGAUCCAUCUGUAAGGACAAGCUGAAGAGUGAAUCAAAGACGGUUAGACUUUAACAUGUUACUAAGUAAAUUGUGAAGGCUUAGCGUUAUGUUUUAACAGUUUGCACCAUCAAACAUUGACUGCAUCACUAAAGUAUUUUCGACUUUAGGAAAAAUAUAUAAAUAUAUUUUUAUACGCUUUUAUUUAAACCAGUUGUGUAGAUAAUUGUUGAAUUUUAGUUCGAAAAAAAAAACUGAGAAUCCUUCAAACAGACAGAUGAAUAGCGAUUCAGGGAAACAGAAAAUGAAUUUCCAACGAGUAUUCCUUAGCUAGACAAAAAACAAACAGAAUCAUUGUUUCGAGAUUCUCUAGCACUUGCUACCGAAAACGACAUUCUCAAAGAGUUCACGCAGUCGUACACGCAAAAUUUCAAAACGGGUAAAACUCCACAAGAGUUGCUUAUCACUAUUAACAGUUUUCAGGUGCUCAAAACCCCUCCGAAUCGACGGUAAACAGAAUUGAACGGAUAGUGCAAUCAAAGGAUGCCCACUUUAGUUGAUUAUAAGUUUGCUUGUUUUGCCCUAGCUUUUGGAAUCGUUUUGGUUCGAAUGGGGAAAGAAAAAUGGGAUAGCAAACAAUAAAAUUGAUAUGAUUAAUAGAAGCUUAAUAUUUAGAUCAAGGAACAAAUCAACAAAAAAAAAGCAGAAACAAAUUAAGCAUAUAAAUGAAAAAAAAACUUUAAAUAGUCGUAUGUGUAUACCUUUUCUCUACAGCAAGAUCAAAACAAACUAAACAAGAAGCUAAUUAACAAUUUUAAGAACUACAAUACUCAACAUCAACCAAAACAGUGAAAUAGUUGGAACACACAAAAACUCACUUAAAACACAAAACCAUUGAACAACCUGCAAAACUUCAGUAUUCAAAUCUCUCGCUACAGGCACUUGUUGGACUAAUGGUAGGAACGUUGUAGUUAGUGGUGCUACAGAAAUAAAAAAAAAGUCAGUCAGAGAAUAGUGUGCAAUAUUCUAGUGGUAUUUGAUUCACUGGAUGGUGUCUAUGCUGUUAGAGGAAAAUUGUUUCCAUUAUCUAAUAUGUACACAUAAACUCAUUCGCAUUAAGUUAUACUUGAAAUAGACAGGCCCGUUAUAGAUCAAACGAGAAGCCCUAUGGAAAUAGGACACACUAGAUGCUGCUUCGGAAAGAGCUGGAAUGUUGAAUAAGGCUUUUAUUUUGGAACAUGUAUAUUAAUCGAUAGGAGACAGAGUAUUUGCCAGUGGCACACAAAAUGCUUAUAUGUUGGUCCGAUAGUACCAAUACUGUAUAACUAACCGCUUCGCCCCUUGUUCAGAAUGCUACUAGGGUGCAGCUUCAAGUAACUCACGCAAGCAGUCCACCUGCACCUCCCCUAUCAGGUUUCGGCUCUUGGUUAAAUGGUUAUUGAGGAAGAAAUGCUAACAAACUGCUAGUGCGCUUAGGAUUUCUCCGAUUCCCGUUCGCUGCUGAAAGCUCGGAGCGCGGAUUACGGAAGAAUCUCAAAUGUAUAGAAUCUGUAAAUAUGAACGCUCAUGAUUUCCGAUUGAUAGUGCUUAAGUCCCGGUUGGUUUAGUUUUAGUUCUGCUAUGAUUUUUGUGAAAGGUAUUGAAAAUCCAAAAACAAAUAAUUUAUUUGGUUUUCGCGUCGUAGCAUCUGCCCACGUAAGUAGUUGUAAAUAGCUGUAUUGAGAUAGGAUGGAUAGAGUUUAUUUUUACUUCAACUGUUGGCUAGGUGACUAAGUAUACCGUUCGAGGUUGGCUUGCUCUAUUGCAGUUACUUUUAGAUGCAUAAAUUACCAGAAGGAAUAGUUACUUUGCGCAGGUGAUAACUCAUUACUGGUUACUGUAAGCUCAUAGCUAAUAUUGAAACGUUGCUAGCAAAGGCCGGUUUGUUAGCAAAGCUAACGCAACGAUAAAAUAUUUGGUGCACCGAUAUAAUUUCUUGAUUUGUGCGUUAAAUACAUGAAACUCAAAUCACUUCAGCUGCUAUCUGGAAUGUAUGUCUCGCCUAGCAGCAAUUUUCUAUGGGGAACAAAAUGAAUUGUAGAGAUUUGCAAAUCAAUUCAUCCCAAAGAUAAACUCAAAAUGGAGUAGUCUGCGAUUUCUUAUGUAUCAUUUGAACAGGACCCCUCGAUGAGCUCGGUUCACUGUCAGUUUCAGUAUUUUGAAGCAAAACAACAAGCGUCUGAUCGCUAGGUGCGUCGUAGCUAUGACAAUGAUUGUUUAUGUUUGAAAAAAUAUCAAAUUACAGUAUGAACGAUAUUGAACAAAUUUGCCUUAUAUCCAGUGAUUCAUGCAAUAAAAAAGUAAAAAUUACUUAGAACAAUGGUAAUGGCCUAGAAUUUAUUUAGUUUGUUAUUGCCUCAUAGCAUGAAGCAUUAAAGUCAGUGGUGGCAGGAAAUCAUUAUGUGCUAAACAUAUGUUUGAUUCCUUCCUAACUUGAAUCGUUUCCAUGACAUUUUGUCGGAACUAGUCGACGCUAUUAACGGAGGGUCAAUAAAAUUACAUUAUUACUGAACCAACUGGUUCACGAUUACUGACCCAACAUUUUUCAUUGAAUCGUAUGGGACAUAACCGAAAGCUAAAUAUUUCGUUAGGUGAUCCUUAGUGAUCCUAUAUAACUCAGCGGAGACAUUGCUAUUGACCAAUCCACGCGUGAAUGUGUUAGUGUGGUUAAUACUAGUGUGAGUGUACCAAAGAUGCCCAGUGAAUUUUGUCGAGGGCCAAUUAUUGAAGGAAUAUUUGGAACGAAAAAUUGUGCAAUGCUUAGAAAACAGUUAAGAUAACCAUGAAACUGUUCACAAAAAUCUUCAACACGAAAUAGAACUGAUUCUUGCUUGUUUCAUAAGAUCUAAACUAAUGAAACUCUAAGCACUUUUCCGCAGUGUAUAAUUAUAAAAUUCAUAAGCAGCCCUUACACGUGACAAUAUUAUUGUCAAUCCAAAGUAUUGUCAAUACCGUCAAUCCAAUUGACUUGGUUACUUGAGUCCGCAUUUUUCGAGAAAAUCAAGCGUUUGGAGCUUCAAAUAUUGCAAAUGAACAUUGAAAUAUUGAGAGAUGAGUUCAGUGCACAUAUUUGGUAGUUUCCUCUCUGGAGGGAAAGUAUUGUCGGAUUGAUGAGCAGUUUUGAUUUCUUGACAAUAUUUUCGUCAAUCCAAUGAUGUUUCCACUACACGAUCAAAAGUAUUGUCAAUACUCCUUGUAUUGACAAUAAUAUUGUCUCGUGUAAGGGCAGCUAUAAAUGUUUUUACGUCAGUGUAAAAUCGAACCACGCAAUAUCCGUAUACGCUGCAUCGGUGUGCGUAACAGAGACGUCAAAUUGCUCAAUACUUCCAAUUGAACUGUCAAAAGCGGUUUCAAUCUGCAUGUUUACAAUUGCCUUGUUUCUCGAUGUUCAUCUUCAGUGGGGAGUAUUGCUGCGAAAUAGUUAAUAUAUGAUAUUUGAAAGCAACAUGAAACUAUACACUAAAGCUUUAUGCUGUUUUCUCAUUGAAAUAUAAAAAAAACAGAUGGACUUAAUUUUCUGGUAUAAGUGUGAUAUUACACAAGCAAACAAAUCCGAACAUUAGAAAUGUCACUCGCACACAAAUACAAAUGCAAGCGGUGCAACAAUUCUGUUUAUGUAUAUAUCGUUGCCAGAUCUACGAUUUUUCUCUCCGCUGAUCUCUAGUUUUAGGAUCACUAGUAAGGCUUAUGUCCUAACAUUCUACUAGCGGCUAUAAUUACCGACGGAAACGAAAACUUUGUAGUAGCGAAAGAAGAGCUCCAAACACACAAUAUUGACGAUGCCUCCACGACAAAUACACUAUGCUGCUAGAUUCAAUGGCAGAAAGACGGGCAAAUUCUUAAGGGAAGUCUUGAUGACUGUACGUUACAACAAAUGAAAUGUUAUAAAUUCGUGGUUCUAAAUCUUUUAAUAUCGCGGACCCCUUUUUAACCAUAAUUUAGACUGACACAUUUAUUUUUUAAAUUGACAAUAGCUCCGAAGUGCAAUAAAAAGUACAAGAAUGAAGAUUUACAACCGUUUAUUUUCUAAAAACAAUAUUUGACAACUGUUGCUCAUUACUGGAUACGCAAUUAUUGGCCAGUAUCAGUUCAAAAACGAGUUAUUCUUGAUGGAAAACUACUAGAUGAAAAUAAACCUUCAUUCUUCUAUUUCCGAUGCCGUGUUCGAUUUCUCCCUCCCUUGUUUGGUUCCAGUGUAACCGGACAGCAAAAUGUGUCAAGUUCCUUCGCAAAACCCUGUAUCAGCGGAAAAUGACACACAAUUCGGUUAUUGGUUAUGGGGCCGUACUGCUGUUACCUAGUAGCUUAUCCUGGAACCGACACAGAUGGACAAGGCCUGUGCAGAUGGCAACCUUAUUGAUAACACAGCACAAAGAAAAUAAAACGGGUAUUAGGUGAAAGUUUCAAACAUGAAUCUGUGGUGACGGAAUGUUAAAAUAUUAUACUAUAUAGCAUGCCAUGAAAGACGUAUCAAGAAGUACAUUUAUGUCGAUUUCUUUUGAGAAAACUGAAACGGAUUCAUUGUAGUUUAAUCAAACAAACACUUCUGACGAAACUGUGUUGAUUUCGCACUUAGCAUCGGGGGUGUGAACAAUCCCGAUAUGAGAAUCAUGUUCAAAACUGACUCGUAUUUCAGUUUAAUGACAUUGAAACCAGGUUCGAAGCUGGCUUCAAACAAACGGUUUGACAGCAGUUAGGUUGGAAACUGGGUUGGGCUUGGCAUCAAUGGAAAACGUAAUGCAAACGUAUGGAUUUGACAGCAGUCACAGUCGGAACUGGAUUAAUUUCGACUUCAUGUGAAAACGACAUUAGUGCACAAAAAUGCACGAUACAAUUCGAUACAAUUGGUCAGUUGCCGUAUUCGUCAAAGAAACGCCACCACCGUCACAUGUGCCGUGCGCCAAUAUAUUAUGUGGCUUUGUUGUUUCUGUGUAUGUAAAUUUGAUAGGGUUAUUGUACCAAUAGUAAUCUUAUUACUAGAAUCACCAAGUUAUUUUGCGGAUUGCUCGAAUUCCAUCAGACGAAUUGUGAUAAAUCGUAUCGUAUUGACGAAUUCCGGUGAUUUUUUUCUGAUUUCCGUAUAAAUAAGUCACUUUCUACUCUGAUUAUUGUGCAGCGUGUAUGGAUAUUUUCGUUAAUAUUUAGGUCCUAAAAGAAAUUCUUUUACAAAGAAUUCAGAGGAAAUCGCUCGCACGGUUUAGUAAUAAAUAGCAGAGAAACGUCACUUGCCUGUGUGGCCAUUUGAAACAUUCACCAAGAAAUGUACAAUACUAUUGUUAUGACAACGCGAAAAUACGAAUCAUAUUAUUUCAUCGUACCCUUUAAACCAAUGCAUCGAUAUAAUCUAGCAGAUUUCACUCUCACUGAUGGAUUUAGUAUAUGAGAUGAAUGGUGAAGCUGAGAUGGCUGGGGGCACUGUUACUCUACAACUAAUGUUGAAGGAAAGAUAUCAUAUUAACAAGAUAUCCAGCUUUCACAUUUCCCUAACAAAUCCCUGGCAACAUCCUUUUUUCCAAUCAUGGCGUCCUCAGGCGAGUCCGCAUCGAAUCUCGUACAUAAUAGGGGAGAGAAAUGUCAAAUUCGUGCGCGUCAAAAUAACAGCACUGCGCACAAGCUGAGCUAAGCUUGUGACUGACUUUAUAGCAGCCCAAAAGCGGGAAACAAACCGUGAAAUCUGCUCAUUUUUUACUCUGACAGCUUCUCGUGCCCGCUCUGACUGCGGCCUAAGGCGGGUUCGUUUCCGAAUGUUGAGCGUUACUGUUACCGGAACGUGUUGGUUACAGUGGCCUGACGGAGUAUGCGAAUCGCGCAUAAUUGUAAUUAAUUAAUUUAAGCUCAAAGUGACUGCAACCUGCUGAAACCGUACAACAGUCGCGAUUUUGCGUUCAUGCAAAAAAAAGCUUUUGCGGAUGAGCUUUUGGUUGUUCAACGUUAGACUUAUGAGCUAUAGCAGAAAUCUACCUUACCGACGGUUGAAGUAAAAAUAUCUUCUCUACGAAAGGAGUUAUCUGUUUCUGUUCAAGUAAGCGUAUCAAUAUUAUAAUUUUGAAUUUUACUAAAGAGAAGGCAAAGAUACCAAAGAUUAGUUAAAUGGCAAAAGAACAGCAAAUAGCAGGCACCCGUUAGCGAUAAGAAAGUAGGCAAUUGUACCCCGAAAUGAGUCUUAUAAAUGUAAUUAUAACAGAACAAAAAUUUCCCGAAGAAUGUUUUUGUUUAAGAAUUGCACAAUUCCUAGGCGGUAAUCUUGCAUAAAGUGACGCUUUAAUGUCACUUUUUCGAUGCUAAGAUUGAGGAAAACGCUUUCCAUGGUAGUGAUGAAAGAUCGGUCUCCUUUGUCGCGGCUGAAGUGAUGACACCGGCGAGAGUGAGGAUCCAAUUUGCAUCCUACCGGAAGUGUCUGAUGGCGUUUUUCAUUGAGAAACACUGGUGGCGUGGAUUGCUCUGGUUUUGCACUUUCGAGCAGAAAUGGCAAUGAAACACAGUCAAAAUAUUGCAUUUCUGCUCGAAAGUGCAAAAUCAGAGCAAUCCACGCCACCAGUGUUUCUCAAUGAAAAACGGCAUGAGAUUAGUAAUAGUUGACUCUAGACUGGAGUCGAGAAACAGUCACGUACAUUCCAUUUUCAUUUCCAUACAACCUCUCUAGUUACACAUGAAAUCAUUCUCUAGAUGUAUAGCAAUAGUGAAUGCUUCACAUAAUCUGCUAAUCAAACUGUUCCUUCGGUUGCGAACGAUCGUUUCGCAGAAUAAAAUAAAAAUAAAACAACCACAUUCCGCUCAUUUGUUUCAUUCAGUUGUUAUUCGACUUCAAACGAAACAGAAUCGCUAAGCAAAUAACUGUCACAAACCCCAAACAAUGGUGUAAAAGUAUUUAUAAGUGGACAAAUUGCAUAUUUAACUUUUCUCAGAAAAACAAAAAAAAAACGAUACAGUUGAAAGUAUUUAAAAGGACAGACAACAGAACAAAUUCUAUAUUUGCAAAUAAUUGAAGCAUAUAAUCCUAACAAUUUUGAGCAAGCUACUGAACAACUUUUAGAAUGCAGGGCGGUUUUGACAUUUGCAAGGAAAUUGGCAAAAAGAAAUAACAGCAUUAUAUAUAUAUAAAGCAAACCAAAAAACAAAGAAUUAUUAUACCAUUAUUUAUUGAACAUAAAAAGGUACACCAUAAAUUAAAACUAAAGAAGGAUAAUAUAUAUACAAGAUGGAAACUGAAACCAAGCAAACCAUGCUAAUGAAACUACACAUUCUAUUAAGAAAAAUGCUUUGGACAGAAGUAAAUAAAAUAAAAUGAAAAACACA